AGCAGGUAGGUAUGGCGGCAAAACGGGAGGCAGCCGGUCAAGUCGCGUUUGGGAGCUCCCAGCAACGUUUGAUGUUCCCAGCCCACUGUGCCCCAAUCGCUUGGGGAACGAGAUGCUGGCAGUGAAAGGAUCCCCAGAGCGAGGGCCCGGCUGCUAUGACAACCAUGUGAUUGGCACUGUCUUGUAUGACAUUCAGAAAAGACCAGAGAGCAAGAAGGGCUAUAUUUUAGCAGCAAGAACUGCAGCACGCUUUCGACCUGUUGCACAGACAUUGACUCCCUCACCACAGAUGUACCAGCCUAACUGGGCCCUGUCUAAAACAGAACCUCCUGGGAAAACCCCCUUCAACUCCACCAUGGCCAGAUUAUCUGUCCAGCAGAUCAGUACCGGCUUAAAUCCAGGCCCAGGGACGUACGCUCACAACACCAGCGCCUGCAGGAAGGUGUCCUGGCCCAUGAAGUUUGGCUCCCCAGACUGGAACCGAGUGCCUCAGCUGGAGAGGAAGGCGCUGAGAACAGAGCUUCAAUGUGACAAGGAGUUCCUGAAGCAGAGGAACAGAGUAGCAUACCUCAAAUUAUACUACCCCUGAGUCAACACCUCACCAGCAGCUGAAAUAAGUAUUCUACCUGGAUUUAGACCUGACUGCACCACCUGUUCCUGCACAUCUACCCCCUACUUUUAACCCCAAAUAUACCUUGCAAUCAGAAAUGCCUGUUUGUGUUAUCAAGAUAAAUGUAUGCAUCAUAUCUGGCCAGUAUUCUGAGAAAUGUUACUGUGUGUGAACUGCCUGUUCAUCACGUAUUUAAGGGACAAAAUGAGUGUUAUUCUGCACAGAGCUUGUAUCUCUUGCCUUUCCUGCCUCCUUUGAUGAACAACCAUGCUUUAGUGUUACAGUCUUAUAUAAAGGAAUAUUGUCCCAGCUGCUCACAUUUUAUAUCAAUUCCUCAAGGUGUUAAAGGAGAAAUCCAGCAAUUGUUUUACAUAGAGAUCGAGGUCAUGGAGUAAUUGUCGGUACGGGGGGGACUGUUUUACCUAGCUCGAGUUGCUGCAGCGAGGCAGCUACAGCGCUACACUCUGGGGGCAUGUUGGUGAGCCCCAUGUUCACACCCCCAGAGUGCAGCAUUUUUUUUUUUACGUACUGACAGUACUUGGUGACCUCAGAAAUGCUCUAUGUGAAAUAUCGCCGGAUUUCUCCUUGAAACAUUAUUCUGUGUUGACUUGUUUUUUACAUCAAAUGUAUAUCAAUUAGUGAAAUAAAGCUUCAUAAAGCAGUGAUCAGUU